AUGGCUAUCAUUACUUCCACAGGUCUCGUUUCAUCUAUCAAGCAUCUCGGUGCUACCUACCCGGUCCUUGUUGUCGUUGGUCUGUGGGUGAUCUCACUGGUAUACAGCAGGUUCAGACCAGGACUCAGAAACAUCCCCGGACCUCCAGUGGCAGCCUACACUAAAUUAUGGAGGCUGUAUGAUGUCUACAGAGGCCACGCUCACCUGACCGCCAUCAGUCUGCACGAAAAGUACGGGCCCGUCGUACGCAUUGGGCCCAACCACGUGUCCAUUUCCGACCCUACAUUGAUACCAGUCAUCUACGGGAUCAAGGAGAACUUUACCAAGACAGCCUUUUAUCCCAUACAAUGUAUCUCGUGGAAAAAACAGCCAGAGAUGAACCUCUUCUCGACCCGUGACCCGGAAUACCAUCGUAUUGAGAAGCGCAAGAUCGGGGCCGCCUAUAGCUUGCCGAACUUGUUGCAGUCAGAGGCCGCCAUUGAUUCCUGCGUCAAUCUGUUCAUGUAUCGCCUCAAUGAAUUUGCUUCGAAGCGUGAACCCGUGGACCUUGGUGCCUGGUUACAAUACUUUGCCUUCGAUGUCGUCGGAGAGGUCACCUUCGCAAGUAAGCUUGGCUUUCUUGACCAAGGCAAAGACGUUGAUGGUAUGAUGAAAGCAAUUGAAGGCAUGCUAGCGUAUGCAGCACUCUGUGGCCAAGUCCCAGAAGUGCACCAUGCUCUCCUGGGAAAUCCUCUCUUCACCCGGCUCAUGCCUGCCAUGGAGACCUGGAACCAAGUGCUAGUUUUCACCCUCAAGGCAAUCAACGGACGGGCGAGCAUCAAGCGAGACGGCGAGCUGAUCAACGCCGAUGUCGAGGGCCGUGACAUGCUGAGUCGCUGGGCAUAUGUCAAGUCCUCAGACCCCCUCAAGAUGAAUACCCGCGACAUCGUGGUCCACCUGUCGACAAACGUUUUCGCUGGCAGUGAUACGACGGCUAUCGCCCUCCGCGCCAUUGUCUACUUCCUCUGCCGCCAUCCCGAAUGUAUGGAUCGUCUGGUUAGUGAAAUCGACAACGCAGACAGGCAGGGGAAGCUCAGUCAACCCAUCACCUUCAAAGAAGCCACCACGGCCCUUCCUUAUCUAGGCGCCGUGGUUAAGGAAUCCAUGCGUCUUCAUCCGUCGGUCGGCUUGCUUAUGGAACGACAUGUCCCCGCAGAAGGCCUCACCGUCCAGGGCUAUCACAUUCCAGCCGGGACCAUCGUGGGUAUUAAUCCUUGGGUUACCAACCGCUCAGCCGUCUUCGGCCCAGAGCCGGAGAAGUUCAACCCAGAUCGGUGGUUGACGGCGCCAGAGACCCAGCUGAAGGAGAUGGACACCAUCUGGGAGCUGAACUUUGGGGCAGGGAGCCGCAAGUGUAUCGGACGCAAUAUAUCCUGGAUCGAAAUCCACAAAGUUAUACCGGAGCUCCUCAGACAGUAUCAUGUCGAGUUGACAUACCCGGAAAAGGAGUGGCAUAUCUGUAACCACUGGUUCGUGCAGCAGGAGGGCGUCAUCUGUACGUUGAAGAAAAGGUGA